AGCUAGUGGUGGGGUGGAAUGUGCUUGAAGUGCCAAAUGUGACGGGUGCGAAGUAGUAUUUAUUUAUAUAUAUGCAGGAAAGUAUCUCGUUGUUAACUUCUUUUUCUAUUCUCAUUUCCUGCUACUCAUAUAUAAUUACUUGCGAUAAUAUCAAGCAAUCUCAAUCCCAUAUACAUACACAAACACACAAAUCAACCAACCCACUCACAAACAUCAAAAUGUCCGAAGCAACCUUGAAAGUCGGUGAUUCUCUCCCAGAAGGCGUCAAAUUCGGCUGGAUCGCCCCCUCUCCCGAAAAUGAAGAUAUCAAAGCUUGCGGAAUCCCAAUUUUAUACAAUGCAUCCAAAGGUAUCUACAUAUCUAUCUAUCCAUCCAGAUUUUCCCCUGUACAACUUCAUCCAAGCUCCCUCCUACUAACAAACCUACAGAAUGGGCCAACAAGAAAGUCGUAGUCUUUUCCGUCCCAGGUGCAUUUACCCCUACAUGCAGCGUAUCCCAUCUACCAGGCUAUAUUGCCAAUCUCCCUGCUCUGCGCGAGAAGGGUGUUGAUGUAGUGGCUACUGUUGCCUAUAAUGAUCCAUUCGUAAUGAGCGCAUGGGGAAAAGCAAACGGUAUUCAUAAUGAAGAUAUUGUACGUCUCUUCUCCUCUUCUCCUCCCGCCUAUCCCUUCUUUUAUAAAUACUCAAGAAAGAACCUCACUAAUCUUUCCACCCCACAGCUCUUCCUCUCCGAUGCCGAUUGUGCCUUUUCCAAACUCCUUGGAUGGACCGCAGGCGAACGUACUGGUCGUUACGCUCUCAUUAUUGAUAAUGGAAAGAUUGUAUAUGCGGAGAAGGAGCCUGGAAGAGAGGUGACGGUUUCGGGCGCUGAGGCUGUUUUGAGCAAGUUGUAGGUUUUGAUGGGAGAGGAGGGAGGGAGGGAUGAAAAAUUACGUUGAUACGAUACCAAUACAUACAUAUACAUGAUAAAAAUUUACGAGCGAGAUAUUGAGCAUGGGUAUUAGAAUAGAUGGCUGAGUUGAUGGCUAGAUGGUGGUAUAGAAAGAUAGAGGAAAUACCAUUUUGAUCUCUACUCUAUGUGUACGG